CUUUCCCGUUUCCUCCUCCACUGAAAAUUUCCCCGGUCCCAGCGAAGCUUCGUCAACUCCACGAUCUGCACUCUGUCUCCAGGGCCUUGGCUGCCGUAGGAAGGCCUUCAUUUGAUAUCUGCUUGUCGAUAUCCAAUAUUUGUUUUGGUCGAUUCCCCCCCUCACCGCUACCGACAAGCACGCGAAAUUCAGAGUCCAACUUGAGGUCAUACCAUCAUCCAUCCAUCUCACGCGCAUCCGGUCGCCUCCUUCCCCCCUUCUUCCCAUUACCCCCCUUCUGUCUCUUCUUUCUCCUUAAUCACUAGCGAUACUCUAUCGAUAUUCGAACAUUAUGUCCCGAUCCGCCGCCGACGCGACCCGAUUCACAGCCACGGGGCCCUAUGCCCACUCCAAGCCUGGUUCCGCGACUCCCUACAAGCUCCCCAGCUUCAUGGCCAAUGCGGCUCAACAGCAACAGGGUGGACAAUCCGGGGGUAGACCCGAGACUCCCAAGGAGAAGGUCGAGCGGUUGCGAGCACAAGCCCGUGCUGCCCGAUUAGCCCAGUCAACGUCGCGCGUGGAUCAAAUGAUCGACCUCGGCCGUCGGGUCGCAAACAAGGCCCACAAGACCAUGGUCUAUACACUCAUUGCGGCAUCGGGUGUUUGCGGAGCCCUCACAGUCUACUCCAUCGUAUCUCUCUCUUUAUAUAACCGCCGUCAGCGGGCACUGUGGAUUGAAAAGGAGCUGCAGACUCUCCAUGACGCCAAGGUGGCCUACGUUCAGGGAACCGCCACAUCGGAACAAUUGGAGUUGCUGAAGAACGAGAAGAUCGCCGAGAUCUACCAGCGGAAGAAGGAAGAGGAGCGGCAGCAGCGUCCAUGGAACAAGGCAAAGCAGUACCUGUUUGGGGGCUUGAAGGCGGACGAGACCCCCGUCGAGGCAAACCCCAACCCCAUCCCGGAGAGCCUGGUGGCGGACGACAAGCCUCGCGUCUUGGAAGCUAUCAACACCGCGAAGGCGUCGGGUGAGACUUUCGUUCCUGCACAGCAGGGUCAGCUGGAUACUUUAGCGGCGAAUGCCGAGGAUGCUGCCAAGCAAACGACGCGAAGCUGGAAGAGCUGGUUCGCUGGGCGGUGAACCGACAAAAUUGAAGAUCAAGGAAAGCAUAUAGAAAAUUUGGGUUACGAAAAGAGAAUAUAGGUUCCUCGUCACCGUCCAGUCGCAGCUACUUCCCUCAUCCUCGUUUCCUGUCUUGCAUGGCAUCUUGUCGUCUCUUCCUUCCUCUCUUCUACCACAUCUGGGGUUUGUGGCGUAUCUUGCUUUAGUUUAGUUUUGUUUUUGUUCUUCUUGGGUGUGUGAAUGUGCGCGCGCGCUACGAGAUGUAUUAUUUCAUGUGCUGUUGUUUAGUCUGCGAGGUCUACGCAAUUCAAUUGCGGGCUUGUGUCAUAUUGAUGUACAUAUACAUAUAUUUCUAUUUUCUUGAUCAUGACCCAACUACAAUGGUAGUCAUUCAUUUGCGGAU